AUGUCUGACGUGGAAGAGGUGGGGGAAGAGUACGAGGAGUGACAAGAAGAGGAGGACUGGAGACAGGACGAAGACGAGCAGGAAGAGGCAGCAGAAGAAGAGGCUGAAGGUGAGGCUGAGACUGAGGAGACCAAUGUAGAAGGAGACGGACAAGAAGAGGAGGCUAAAGAAACUGAAGAUGGCCCAGUGGAGGAGUCCAAACCAAAGCCCAGGCCAUUCAUGCCCAACCUGGUGCCACCCAAGAUCCCCGAUGGGGAGAGAGUAGACUUUGAUGAUAUCCACCGGAAGCGCAUGGAGAAGGAUCUGAAUGAGCUACAGACGCUGAUCGAGGCUCACUUUGAGAACAGGAAGAAAGAGGAAGAGGAGCUCAUUUCCCUCAAAGACAGGAUUGAGAAGCGACGGGCUGAGCGGGCCGAGCAGCAGCGCAUCCGGAAUGAGCGGGAGAAGGAACGUCAGACUCGCCUGGCAGAAGAGAGAGCCCGACGGGAGGAGGAGGAGAACAGGAGAAAGGCUGAGGACGAGGCCCGGAAGAAGAAGGCUUUGUCCAACAUGAUGCACUUUGGGGGUUACAUCCAGAAGGCCCAGACGGAGCGGAAAAGCGGGAAGAGGCAGACGGAGCGGGAAAAGAAGAAGAAGAUUCUGGCCGAGAGGAGGAAGGUGCUGGCCAUUGACCACCUGAAUGAAGAUCAGCUGAGGGAGAAGGCCAAGGAACUAUGGCAGAGCAUCUAUAACCUGGAGGCAGAGAAGUUCGACCUGCAGGAGAAGUUCAAGCAGCAGAAAUAUGAAGUGAGCCUGCUCACUGGCCCCUCCCCCAUCCCCCACUCCUGUUUUGGAUUGGGUCCCACAUGGCUGCUGUCCAUCAGAGGCCCCGGUGUGGGCACAGCCGGCUGA